UAAAUAAUGGGUCGGGCAUGGUGACACACACCUUUAAUCUCAGAACUGGGAAGGCAGGAAGAAGUCUCUGAGUUCCGUGUCAGCCUGAUCUACAUUACGAGUCCGUUAAAAAUAAAUAAGUUUAAAUCAUAUUGGACUACCCGCUGCAAUGUCAGUAGGUCAACCGCGUGAAAACGCCGCUCCGCACUGAGUAGGUUGGGAAAGCAAAUUCGCAAAGCCUUCAAUUUUAGAAAACAUGAUUCUGUUCGAAAUGGUUAAGAAUGUCCGCAAAUGAGUUCUAGGACAGUGUCUGUCGCAGCAAGGCCAAGGCUGGGUUGCAGAGCACACACCUUGUAUGGGUGGAGCCCAUAAUAGAACUACAAAUGUGGGCUUGAACCAUAGAACACCUAACCAUUGGACAGACACGCAAGGCCACAUGCGCAGGCGCACAAGAGCCCUAAGUGGGUACUAUCUCACCACGCCGUUCGCUUCCGCGCUGGGCGCCAAAUAAGUCUCCAGGCCCGCCCGGACCGUGCGUGCGCGGCCUCGGUGUUGCGUCACUAGGAAGCGCGCGCCCGAGCCGCCGCCGCCGCCGCCGCCGCCGCCGAAUCCCCAACAAGGAGCGAAAGCUGCGGCCGCCACCACCACCAGCCGCCGCCGCACCCGUCACAGCCGGGCGCCGGAGCAGGCCCGUGUGGGCCCAGGACUUCAGACUCUGGAGAAGUGACACUGUUGACCUCUGAGCCAUGGCAACUCCAGAUGUCAGCGUCCACAUGGAGGAAGUAGUGGUUGUGACAACUCCAGACACUGCAGUUGAUGGCAGUGGUGUAGAGGAGGUGAAGACAGUGCUCGUAACAACGAACCUAGCUCCUCAUGGGGGUGAUUUGACAGAAGAUAACAUGGAAACAGAAAAUGCAGCAGCUGCAGCUGCUGCUGCCUUUACAGCCUCCUCACAGCUCAAGGAAGCCGUGUUAGUGAAGAUGGCUGAAGAGGGGGAGAACUUAGAGGCUGAAAUUGUGUACCCCAUCACUUGCGGAGACAGCAGAGCUAACCUCAUCUGGAGGAAGUUUGUGUGCCCUGGAAUCAAUGUGAAAUGUGUUCAGUACGAUGAACAUGUGAUCAGCCCAAAGGAGUUUGUGCAUCUGGCAGGGAAGUCUACCCUGAAGGACUGGAAGAGAGCCAUCCGGAUGAACGGCAUCAUGCUCAGGAAGAUCAUGGACUCUGGGGAGCUAGACUUCUACCAGCACGACAAGGUCUGCUCUAAUACUUGCCGAAGCACCAAGAUUGACCUCUCAGGGGCCCGUGUGUCCCUGAGCAGUCCAACAUCCACAGAGUACAUCCCGCUCACACCAGCUGCAGCUGAUGUGAAUGGCUCACCUGCCACCAUCACCAUAGAGACCUGUGAGGACCCUGGUGACUGGACCACAACCAUUGGAGACGACACAUUUGCAUUCUGGCGGGGACUGAAGGAUGCGGGCUUACUGGAUGAAGUCAUACAGGAAUUUCAACAGGAGCUGGAGGAAACCAUGAAAGGCCUGCAGCAGCGAGUGCAGGACCCGCCCCUACAGCUCCGAGAUGCUGUCCUCCUCAAUAACAUCGUGCAAAACUUUGGCAUGCUGGAUCUGGUAAAGAAGGUACUGGCCAGCCACAAGUGCCAGAUGGAUCGUUCUCGAGAACAGUAUGCACGGGACCUGGCAGCCCUGGAACAGCAGUGUGAUGAACAUCGCCGCCGUGCCAAGGAACUGAAGCACAAGUCCCAGCACCUUAGCAAUGUGCUCAUGACGUUGACCCCAGUUUCCCUGCCAUCCCCUAUGAAGCGGCCCCGUCUUGCACGGGCUACAUCUGGACCAGCUGCUAUGGCUUCCCAGGUGCUUACACAGUCUGCACAGAUUGCACUUGGCCCAGGAAUGCCUAUGUCCCAGUUGACCAGUGUGCCACUUGGCAAAGUAGUAUCUACACUGCCCUCCACUGUCCUGGGCAAGGGCUCUCCUCAAGCUGCCCCAGCCAGUUCACCGGCCUCCCCACUGCUUGGAGGCUACACAGUUUUGGCCUCCUCUGGCUCUACCUUCCCCAGCACAGUAGAGAUUCAUCCGGACACAUCUAGCCUCACAGUUUUGAGCACAGCUGCCAUGCAGGAUGGCAGCACAGUACUAAAGGUGGUCAACCCCCUGCAGCUGCUCACCCUGCCUGGCCUGGGACCCACACUACAGAAUGUGGCUCAGGCAUCACCUGCAGGCAGCACCAUUGUGACAAUGCCUACAGCAGCUGCUACUGGACCUGAGGAACACACAGCCACUAUUGAGGUGGCCGCUGUAGCAGAGGACCAUGAGCAGAAGUAGCUGGCAGGGAGGCUAAAAUCCUUCCAACAUGGGCUGGCUGACUGCCUCUCCUCAGGCCGCUGCAGGCAGAGGCCACUACAGACACAGGCCAUAGGGCUGGCUCAGCACAAGCAGGUCUGAUGGGCUGAACCAAAGAGAGGAUUGCCGGAUGAAUCAAGAGAAGAAAAGGGGGCAGAAUGUUGCCAGGAACCUGGAAAAUCUGUCUUCAACUUAUAAACUUCCUCCCCUUUUUUUGUGGGAAAUACUCUUUUCCAUCUGUUGCUUAUUAAUCCUGUUUACACAUUGGGCCUUGAGCAGGAACCAGAGGGUCACUGACCAGGAGGAGGCCUGGGUGCUUCUGGUACAGCUACAGAGCCAGCACCAGAGCCCAGCUAACCAUAGGUCCUAGUGCCUGCACCCCCAUGGGGCUGAGCCUGCUGGGACAUUAUUGACACAUGUCUUAGGCAGCAUGCCUGAGUGUGGAAGCCAUAGAUCCUAUGGAUUUGGUCUCUUCCCACAGUUCUCUGUUGGUUCAGUAUGGCCAGUGUCCAUGUUCCUUCACUGUUGGGAACAUGCCCUGGGGCUAAGUGCAGACCCCAGCCAGGACCCCAUCCCUCACCCCAUAGGCACUCAGGUGGUGAAGGGGUCUCAUGGACCUGGCAUGUUCUAGACCCCUUUGCACAUGGGCUGCAGGUGUUUUUAAGUAAAUCGCUUAGUAGCCUUCUAGGGGGGAAAAUCAAUUAUAGUGUUUUCAACCAAAACAAUGCUGAGUGCCUAGGCUCCUGAGUCAGUUCUGGGAGGGACCCAGGGCACCGAUAUAUACACACCUAGCCAGGUGCUAGAGGUCUUAAGUAGUGUCUUUCCCUGAGACAAAGCUCUGGAAGAUUUUUGUGGAGGUAUGCCUGAGACUCGGGGUAGCUCAAAUGACUCCCUGUGUGCAGCCGGCUCUUGUACUCCCCUAUAGUUGCUCCCCCUGCCCCCAACUCUCUUGGAGAUAGAGCUGGGCUUCUCUGGCCAAUACUCAGUGUCUCUAUCCUGAGAGUUCCAGGGUAUGUAAGGCUGUUUAGAGUAGUGGGCUGGUCAGCUGGAAGACAGGAUCCAGAAUGUCCAUGGAAGGCUGUCUUCAGGCAGUUUUUAUGGGUCUAGGUUUGGGCCCAUGCUAGGGAUGACCUAGGCCAGAGUUCUUGGAGCCAAACGAUUUCAGGGAACAAAGUUUUGGCCUCUUGGUAAGGGAUGUCCUGGGAUAGCCCUAAGGUGCCUCUUGAAUCUCCUGUUCUGUCAACUGAAGGCUUUCCUUUCAGGGGCCCCACAGCAGGAAGGGACCACUGUCCCAUUUUACUGCUUUGAAGGUUACCUUGUCCUUCCAUCCAUACGUCCCCCUCAAGUGCCCAGAUUCCUUUUACACCUUUGCUGUGACUGGGCCCUUUCCUGCCCCCGCUCUCACCCUAUGUCAAGCUACUGAGGUUCUUGUAUUCCCUCUGUUACAUCACUGUUCACUGUGGCCACGAAUCAGCUGGUUUUGGCAGAUGUUUACCUGUUUAUGUAUAUACUCCUUUUUAAAAACUUGUUUUGUUUUUCUUCAUUGAGUUACAAGUCCUGUUAUAUGCAGCUGUGUGACUCUAGGGACACUGGGAGGAUCAGCAGAGUGGGUACUUCCUUGAAGUCCCUCCUCUACAACCUCAGACUAAUGUCACAAAUAAAACCUUCCUGCCCUAGGAACCAAGAGCCUUUCCUUGGCACAAGCUCCAGAUGUCAUUUGCUUUUGGGGAUGUGGGCCAGUUUCCUUUCUUCAUAAGAGCAAGGUUGAAAUAUUUUUGGCCCUUGCCCCUUUGAGCAUUAGAGGUACUGGAAGGUGAAGUUUAUUUCAGAGCCAUACAAAAAUAAUUCUCAAAUCAGCUUCAGAAUUAGUUCUUAUCACUCCUUCCUAGUAUCCUCAGAGGUUGUCUACAAUUUAACUUGUAGAACCAUGACCCUUGUGACAGUGCUGGCGUUGUUUCAGGUCCUCCAAGGCCGUUUCUAGCAGGUCAGCGAAGGCCCAAUAGUCCCAUCUGCAUGGAACCCUCAAUUCUGGAAGAGGAAGUGUGAUCACUGCCCUACCACAUGUUUAUACCUGCCUCUCUGGGUCCUCCUGACUCCUAUUGCUGUGUUCCCUGCUUGUUGGGCCAUUCAGAACCCAGAAAGGAAGGUCUUCCCCCUCCACAUGCAAACACGGGUGCUUGUGGCUGCUUUCAGUUUGGUUUUCUGAGAAAAUAGGACAGGAUUUGGUUUUGCAGAGGGUGCAAGCUCCUUUCCAUGCCUGCCCAGGAGGCACGCAAAAGGGCAAGUUUGAGUUCUUUGAGUUCUACUUUGUAUGUUGUUUAGCAAGUAUCUGCUUGGUACUUUGAUUUAAAAUAAAAACACUUUUAUAAUUUG